AUGGAUGAACAAAGGCGUAUAUGGGAAUACUGGUGGAUUGCUUUGUGUUUGCUGCUGAGCAUCGGACGGCAUGUUUCAGCUCAGAUAAGAUACUCUGUUCCAGAGGAAAUGAAAGAGGGAUCUGUUGUAGGAAAUAUUGCUAAGGAUUUGGGACUUGACGUGAGAACUUUGGUGGGCAGACGGUUCCGUAUCGUGUCUGGUUCUAAAGACGCAUUUUUCCAGGUAAAUCAGAACAAUGGCGAAUUGUACAUUCAUACAAAGAUAGACCGAGAGACGCUCUGCGAAGGCAAUGGAGCGUGCUUAAUAAAUCUCAAAACUGCAGUCGAAAAUCCUCUAGAAAUCCACUACGUUGCAGUGGAAAUAACAGAUAUCAACGACAAUCGUCCUAGUUUUUCUGAGCAGGUUCAACAUUAUGAGAUAGCAGAACACACCCAUAUAGGAACGAGCUUCCAGCUGCAAACAGCCCGGGAUCUGGAUGCCGAACCGUAUUCUGUUCGCUUGUAUAAAAUGAGUCCGGAUGAAAAUUUUGAGAUUGACAUCAGUAAUAGUGAUGAAGAGAAAAUUCCGUUUUUAGUGUUAAGAAAACCUCUUGAUCGCGAGCACAAGGCAGAACAUAUAUUGGUUCUGACGGCCCUCGAUGGCGGAAACCCUCCAAAAUCAGGAACCCUCAAUAUCACAGUCAAAGUGUUGGAUAGUAAUGACAAUCGCCCUGUGUUUAGUCAAGACACGUAUUCUGUCACUUUACAAGAGAAUUCAUUAAUCGGGACAACAGUAAUUAAAAUAAAGGCGAGCGAUGCCGACGAGGGCUCGAACAGUGAAGUUGAAUACUCGCUAGGUAAAAUUUUAAAGCGCAAAAUCUAUGAUGUAUUUCAGCUGGAUCGCAUUACAGGCGAAAUAAAAGUAAAAGGCGAGGUAGAUUUUGAGGACACAGAAGUUUACAAACUUGAUGUUGUGGCUUCAGACAAAGGUCAGCCUCCUUUGUCUUCCCAAGGUCGAGUUAUUAUAAAGAUUCAAGAUAUAAACGAUAAUCAGCCUGACAUUGAGCUGACGUCAUUAUCUAAUGUUGUCGCUGAGGACUCUAAACCUGGCACAGUGAUUGCUCUGAUCAGUGUCUCAGAUAAAGACUCUGGUGUCAAUGGCAAAGUUGUGUGUAGCCUGUCGGAAAGAGUCACUUUUGAAUUGAAACCCUCUUUUCAAGACAACAUGUACUCCUUAGUGACUAAAGGACAUUUAGAUCGCGAACUCGUGCCCCAUUAUGACAUCACAAUCACAGCCACAGAUCUAGGCCAGCCUCCUUUAUCAUCCAUUAAAACUUUAAGCAUCCUGGUUGCAGAUGUGAAUGACAACCAACCGGAAUUUUCUAGUAAUUUCCUUGAGCUUUACUUGUUUGAAAAUAAUGACCCUGGAGCCUCCAUAUUCUCUGUGAAAGCAUCUGACAAAGAUGUGGAUGAAAAUGCGGCGAUAUCUUAUAAAAUCAUUAGAGGGGCGGGAACACAGAACGACAUAACAUCACUGUUGAAUAUAAACUCAGAAACAGGAGUUAUUCACUCGCGUAAGAGUUUUGAUUUCGAAGCAAUUAAAAAGUUUCAGUUCCACGUGCUCGCCACCGACUCUGGAAGUCCGUCUCUGAGCAGUAACGUGACCGUGAACGUGUUUAUUCUGGAUCAGAACGACAAUGUUCCGGUGAUCUUAUAUCCGGUCAGUGCUAACGGUUCUGCUGAGGGUGUGGAGGAGAUUCCCCGCAAUGUGAACGCGGGUCAUUUGGUGACUAAAGUCCGAGCCUAUGACGCAGAUAUCGGAUACAACGGCUGGUUAUUAUUUUCACUGCAGGAAGUUAGUGAGCACAGUCUCUUUGGUUUGGACCGCUAUACAGGACAGAUAAGGACCCUUCGCUCAUUCACAGAAACAGACGAGGCCCAGCAUAAACUGGUCAUACUGGUCAAAGACAAUGGGAACGUGUCGCUCUCAGCAACAGCGACUGUGAUUGUCAAAGUUGUGGAGCCCAAAGAGGCUUUUGCAGCUUCUGAUGUGAAAAACGCAGUAAAAGACGAGGAGGAAAACCACGUGACAUUUUAUUUGAUCCUCACUUUGGGCUCGGUUUCAGUGCUUUUUCUCAUCAGUAUCAUCGUGUUGAUUGUAAUGCAGUGCUCCAAAUCUACAGACUGUUCAUCCAAGUAUUUACAAGAGGCAAAUUACGACGGGACUCUGUGUCACAGCAUCCAGUACAGAUCUGGAGACAAACGGUACAUGUUAGUUGGACCCAGAAUGAGUCUCGGUUCUACUAUAGUCCCGGGCAGUAAUGGGAAUACUCUAGUGAUACCAGAUCGCAGGAGCAGGAGAGAUUCUGGAGAGAGACGCGUUGCGUGA